AUGAUUGGGACAAAGGGAUAUAUUCUUUUGGUAGCGUGCGCUGUUCUGUGUGGUGUAUUAAGUCACCCUGACCGUCCCGCCCUACCAGACAGCCCAGAGGCGCGUGAACUCUUCCGUUUGGCGGAACAAAAUAGAACCAAUGAUGGCUUUCUCACAGAGGCCGAAGUUGACGACAUAUUCACCGACUUUGAUCUAGAUAUGGACGGGGAUGUUAAUGAGGCAGAGUUCUUGCAGGUUUGGAAGGACAAACAUUUAGGGACACCGGAGAGUGGCAUGACGCUCUUCAGACACGCUGAUACAGAUCAGAACGAUGUUCUUUCACGAACACCAGACAUGAGCAGGGUGUUCUACUACUUCGACAGAAACCAGGAUUCCAGAGUAAGCCAAGCCGAAUUUGUAACAGUCUGGAUAGAAAUGUCCCUGUAAAGACAUCGCCAA